AUGGUAGUGCUAAAGAAUUCUGAAGUUAUUUGCAAAAAAGCAUCUGAAGUUUUAUUAAAGACAGUGGCUUUCAUUAAAAAUGUUCCAUCCUUUUACCAGCUGCCACAGGAAGAUCAGAUCCUUCUCAUACACAAGUGUUGGGCUCCACUUUUUGUUUUAGGACUGGCUCAAGAAAAAGUGGAUUUUGAAUGGAAGGAACUUUCUGUCCCCAGCCUCUUGAAGAAGAUUCUCCUUAAUCAAUCUUCCAAUAUCGGUGAUACCACAAUGAGGCCUGAUGCUGGAGUUCCUUUCAGAGAUGUCCAACGGAUAAGGUCGCUUCUACAUAAACUGUGGAGCUUGGACAUUUGCACAAAAGAGUAUGCAUAUCUUAAAGGGAUGGUACUGUUUAAUCCAGGUAUUAGUGGUAUUAGGUACCCACAGUAUGUUCAGACCCUACAGCUGGAAGCACAGCAAACACUAAUGGAGUUUACAUCAAUGAUACACAGCAGGAGUCACGCUCGCUUCACUUGGAUGCUACAAGCUGUGGACAUUGUCAAGGCUAUCGACUCCAAAAUGAUCACAGAACUUUUCUUUAGACCUGUCUCUGAAGUCAUUAAUCUGGAAGAGGUGUUGCUUGAAACUUUGUUCAUCAACCACUAA